UCUAAUCUUCCAUGCGACUGUUCCCAUACCCUCUCUCUCUCUCUCGCGUCGCCAUUUUCCUUCGAAAUUUUCUCGGCUUCCAAACAGAUUCUCGCCCUGUUUCUUACUAACCGCUCCUCGCUUUCUUCUCGCAUUCGCCGUACUUGUUUCUCAUGUCUGCUUCUUACCGAGCCGCCGGCUGGUUUCCUUCGACUGGUUCCAGGCAGGGUUUAACCAUGCUGGAGAUGGAUAAGAAGUUGGAAAACAUUCCCACUGAUCACAGUGUUCUUCAUGAUCAGGACGUUGUUAGCAAUCACUCGCUUUGCAGUAACACUGGUUCUCCGAAUUUCCGUGCUAAACCCUUUUACAAUGGAGGCUAUAACCAUGCAGCUGAUACUCCACCGAUAUACCAUUCACAAGCGGAUAUUGUAGGCGUUGAAAAAGUUCCUCAUGGAAACAACAAUGAGAGGUUUCACUAUGGUUAUGGGUUAAGCUCAUCAGUUUUUAAGGCAUCUGCUGCAACUACUAUUCGAUCGUCACUACAGCCUUAUGGUGAACUCAGUGCUGAUGAUGCAAGACAUUUACCUGCUGUGGACCUGUCCAGUUACCCGCAUCCUAUCGCAGAAAACUUUCAUGUUUCACAAGCAAAGUUACCUAUGAACUCUGAUAGGUUUGCAACUGAAAGAAGUUUUGGUUUGACUGAAGAUAUGAUUUCUUCUCUGGAUAGUUCUGGCUUAAGUAAAAAAUUUCAUAGAGAACCCUGGCGUCUGGGUUUGUCGCCUAAUGGGGUUGAAGAAAUUGGAGUCUCUCGUCUUGACUACAGUUUGAAACCGUUCUGUGGAGAGAGUUCAUAUCUUCCAACCGAAAUGACCAGAGAUUUUGAAAUGGGUUCUCGACUAACUGUUCCAAGCUUCAGUUACAGAGAGCAUACCUGCAAUCGACGCAGAAAAGGCUCUUUCUCUGCAUCUGCGUCUGGUUCCCGUUUGGAUAAUGAUUAUAACUGGACAGUGCUUGAUGAGGCAAGACAAGUAGGAAGUUACAAUGAUGUCUUGUACAGGUGCACUGCCACUGUAGAUUUCCUAACCGAGAGAAACAGAGGGCCUAGGGCAUCGAAGCUAAAGGGUAAGAACAGCAUUAUAACUCAUGAUCAUGUUGAUCAUCUCAACCAACAUAACUGCACGGAUGCGAAGUUCUUUGUUAUUAAAUCGUAUAGCGAGGAUAAUGUCCACAAGAGCAUAAAGUAUGGUGUUUGGGCAAGCACCACUAACGGAAACAAAAAGCUGGAUGCCGCUUACCGUGAAGCGAAGGAGAAAGAGGGGGCAUGCACAAUCUUUCUUUUGUUUUCGGUGAAUGCCAGUGCCCAGUUUUGUGGUGUGGCUGAAAUGGUAGGACCAGUAGACUUCGACACGAGUGUGGAAUACUGGCAACAAGAUCGGUGGACGGGACACUUUCCAGUGAUGUGGCUCAUUAUCAAAGAUGUGCCCAACAGUCUGUUUCGUCACAUUAUACUCGAAAACAACGACAAUAAGCCGGUUACCAACAGCAGAGAUACUCAAGAGGUGGGACUUGAACAGGGUAUUGAGAUGCUGAGCAUCUUCAAGAACUAUGAGAUGCAUUCGUCGAUCCUCGACGACUUCAGUUUCUACGAAGAGCGUCAGAAGGCAAUGCAGAACAGAAAAGCCAGACGACGAGCUGUUCUAGAAGCUUCCAAUGUUCCUGAAACCGCUGCUCCGACCGUUCCCUGUGACUUGAUCAAGAACAUGUCCAACAGCUUUGCCGAGGCUUUGGUCUUGAAUCGGAACUCUUAAAAGUAAUUUCUCUUUGAACAUUUGUGUAUAAGACUCUCUCUCUCUCUCUCUCUCUCUCUCUCUCUCUGCGCUUUAACUUCUUCAUGUGGAUUUUAAGAACAGACUUUCCUUUUGCUGUGUUCUUUCUUUCUCUUGCUUGUUAUAAAAGUUAGGGUUUUUCA